ACUUCUUUAACACGUAUCAAAUUCGAUGAAUUAAAUCAAGAUUUUUUUCCAAUCCGCAUUAAAACAUUAAAAAAGUACUUUGAGAUGCUAAAAUUAAAAAGUCAAUUUUAUGAAAUUUCUUUGGUUGGUAGCUCAACAUGCACUCCUGUAAUUAAUUAUCUGAACUUUGGGAAAGAAUUAAACAAAACAAUUAAU